AUGUUUACUUGCAAUACUUGUAACUUACAGUUCCCUGAGUCUAAUGAUCAAAGGGUUCACAUGAAAUCAGAUUGGCAUCGUUACAACUUGAAAAGAAAAGUUGCACAAUUACCACCAUUAACGGAGGAAUUAUUCAACACUAAAGUUGCUUCGAUGCAAUCACAGAAGGAUACCAAGGAAAGAACAGAAACAAAGAAGGAGCAGAGGCGAAAGGAAAAAGAGGCAUUGUUACAGCAGAAGAGAGCAAUUUUGGAACAGGCAAGGAAGGCAAUGUUGGCUGAGCAGGAGGCAAAAGGAGAGGUGCAGGAUGGCUCAGUGGUUGUGCUGCUGCUGCUGGCAGAACAUUUAGCUGAAGAGAAGUUACAGCCACAAGACCAUAACGUAGAUGAAGAACCAGAGUUGACACCCGAGCAAGCAGAAGAAAAAGAGUUCCAAAAGAAACUUUCUAAUAAGGUUGAGAUCCCACCAACGACAUGUUUAUUCUGUCAUCCGAAAUUGAAACAAGACUUCACCACAAUUGAUGAAAACACCGAGCACAUGUUCAAGAACCACGGCUUAUAUAUCCCAGAAGCACUGUACUUGGUGGACAAGAAGGGAUUAAUUGAGUAUCUUGCUGAAAAGAUUGGAUUUGGUUUCUGCAUAGCUUGUAACUACCAAGGGAGAAAUACGGAAGCUGCUAGAGAGCACAUGCAAACAAAGAGACAUAUGAGGAUACCGUAUGAAACUGAGGAUGAGAAAUUGGAGAUUUCAAACUUUUACGAUUUUUCAUCAACGUAUGAUGACGAUGUCGAUGUCGUUGUGAAAGAAGGUGAAGCUGGAGACGAAGAAGAUGGCGAGUGGGAAGAUGUCAGUGGAGACGAGGAAGGAGGCGAUGCUGAAAGUAUUGAUGACGACGAGGAAUUACCAUCUAGUGAAAGAGAUGCAAUUUAUCAAGAUGGAAACGAAUUGAUCCUUCCUUCGGGAGCCGUCGUUGGACACCGUUCCAAUGCGAGAUACUACAGACAAAAUCUUGCUCCUGAACGUAUCUUAUCUGAAGGUCAAGGAACUGUUAUCGCUGCUGAGACGAGACACAUGUUGACUCUUCAAGAUAGGAAAGAAUUGGCCAGUAAGAAGAGGACAUGGAGAAACGAAAAGAAGAGAGAAGAUGUCAACGAUAGAAGAGCUGCCAAAUUCAUCAACAACCAACCACAUUAUAGAGAUCAGUUAUUACAGUAA